ACUAAUAAUAAAUAAACAAUAUGGAUGACGAUGAUGAUUAUGUUAUUGACCCUGAGUUCCUCAAAAAGUUCACAGAACAAUACGGGGACAUUGAUCACCCACUCUUCAUGGACGAGAUUCCACACGAUACCGAAGGAAAUGAGGAUCUACAAGCAUUGCAGCAACUACUGGCAGAAGGUGAAACUAGAGAAUCUAUCGCAGAAAAGUAUAAAGAAGUCGGUAACGAAUACGUACAACAAGGACAAUACUUUUACGAUGCCGCAAUAUCAAGUUAUACAAAAGGAAUAGAAGCCCAAUCAAAGAAUACCAAACUUAAUGCACAACUCUACCUAAACAGGGCUUUGGUCUACCUAAAAAAAGGCGAACGUGUCAAGUGCAUAGACGACUGUCGCCAAAGUAUAGCAAAAGAUCCUAGUAAUGUUAAAGCAUACUUCAGAGCAGCCGCUGCGUCGUUUGAAUUGGAAUUGUAUAAAAAGACACUGUCGUAUUGCUUGGCUUACUACGAGUAUAUUAAGGCACAAAAUGAUACUGCAGAACUCAUGGCAACAUUGGAAGCUGGUAGCCCAGAACUACUGAAGCUAUAUAAGCGCUCAGUAGAUAAGCUUAGGGAGCGUGACGAACUCAUCGCCAACAUAAAGAAACGUGAACGUAAAGAACAACGCCAAGAAUUAGAAUCUAAAAGAUCAGCACUGCAAUUGCUCAACAGUUGUGGUAUCAAAUUGUACAAGGACCUCUAUGAAAUACCGCAAAUGCAAAAGGUAGUAUUCUAUCAAGACAACGGUUGCUUGCACACAUCCUGUUUAUUCAUAUACGAUGAACGUGGCAUCAGCGACUAUAUAGAGGACUUCGACUACUCAACCACCGUAGGAGACCAGCUGGAAGUCAUGUUCCCAAAUCCUGAAGAUAAGCAAAGAUUCACAAGAGAUAAUGCAAAGUGUAUAUAUGAGAUUGCUAAAGGAGAGUACUACGAAUUUAGUACAACCGAAACUAUGGCAACCGUGAUUUACAAAACAAAGGUAGCACACCAAAUUGCACCAGUGCACAUAGUAAAUAAAAGCUUUGAUAUCUCACUGCUGUCUAACUGAGCAUGUAUGCUCCUGGAGUAGUGAAAACCCAAAAAAC